UCCACCUCCUGUCAGCGUAAAAGUUUUUUUUUUUUCAGAACGCACCCUGAAUCCCUUUUCUGAAUCCAAACCGUCAAGUGACGAAUCCAACGAAUCCGAAUCCGGAUUCUUCACUUGACGUGCCCCAGAAGGGUUUCCAUUUCACAGCAGCUGAGAUCAGUGUUGGAGAUGAUGGUUCGGAACAACCCAUGGAAAGCUUAUCACUCAUUGAUGCUGUGAUGCCUGAUGUUGCAAGUCGUCAACAGCAAAUACAGAACAAUCAGAAAGCACAAGGUAAAGGUAAAGACAGAACCACCAAAUUCCAAUGGAGAUGAACCCAUGCAUUCCUAUCCCAACCCCAAUGAAUGCCGGGAAGAGGAAACAGGAGUAGAGAUACCUGCCAGCAAAUCAACUGUACUUCGUGGCCAUGAAUCUGAAAUUGUCAUCUGCGCUUGGAACCCAACAACUGAUUUAUUGGCUUCUGGCUCUGGCGAUAGUACUGCCAGAAUUUGGAACAUGAAUGACAAUUCGUCUUCACCAACUCAACUUGUUCUUAGGCAUUGCAUUCAGAAGGGUGGAACUGAAGUUCCGAGCAACAAAGGCGUAAACUACUUGCUUGUAAUAAACUGCUGUCCAUUUUGCCGAAAUGUUGUCUAUUGUUAUCUGUACGUCAGCAAUGAAGCUGCUUAAAACCAAUAAAGAGAAGAAAAGAAACAAGA